AUGAGGACCAACUUAAAACCCUAACUAAUAAAUCUCCUGGACGCUGGUACCCUAUGAAGGGGCCAGGGGUGAAAGAAAUGCUUCAAUUCAAACCCUUUUGCUGGCAUUCUGGCUUGUUUGAUAAAUGUGUGCUCCCAUUGCAAAAAAUGCUCAUGAUUGUUCUAAACAUCCUAAGCACAGUGCGCUAACAAUUAAGAAACCAUUAAGCAUAGGUCCCUCCGCGGGGUGAGAAAGGCUCCACAAAUAAAAUAGCCACAAAUGUGCCUAAUAGAAAAUACUUUAGAUAGAGAUUAGCUGGUGACAUCUUGCAGGUAGUUACCUUUUAGACUAAGAGCCUGUUUUGUGCUAUAUUUGCCGUUUUUGCAAUCCUUCGCAUUUCUGUUCCGUAAAAAUGUGAUCCUAUCUGGUUCCCAUAGAGAUGACGCCUAUCGAAAAGAAAACAGACUAACCACAAGAGAAAUAGGGUCAGCUACUGAGGCUGCUUAAGUCACACCUGGAGCAAGCCAUAAAAUGUUAACAGGCCUGAAGGCCAAAUGAUAAAAAGACUCUUGUAAACGAUAAGUAUGUGGAUGACAUCCUGUUUCUGUUGAAGGUCAAGUUGCUGUGAUGUUUUGAGCUGAUCCUUGUGUAAGCAAUAUGCACUUCCCCCUAAAAAGUGUUGUAGAGGGUAUAAAGGGGGAGUGCAAAAAUGAACUUCAGACUUAGCCCCGAGCUUUGUCUCACUGUGUCUUUUCUCGCCAACGCCGUUCAUCCUGAGGGUUCCCCUGGAUCCUGCUGGGGCUGGACCCCGGCAAGUGGCGCCACGAACAGGGACCCAAAGGUGCUGGCCCAGGUCACCAGGAAAGCAUGACCGUGAUCACGGAGCUGCACAAGGAGGUCCUCCAGGACAUGGCCCCCCCUGAGAAGCACCUGCUGUGACACCAGCCCGCCAACACCCAGAUGGGCCUGAUAAACAAAAACACAUUCUGCACCACGCUGCAGCCCUGGCUCUUCACGAUGGACCUCAACGUGGUGGAGCACAAGAUCGCAGUCUUAAAUGCGCUUGCGGCCUGCAAUUAUCUUCCUCAGCCCAGAAAAAAGAUCGUUGCUGCGCUCUUCAAAGCCCUGAAUUCAACCAAUAGCGAGCUCCAGGAGGCCGGAAAAGCCUGCAUGAAAAAGUUUUUAAAAGGCGCUACCAUAAAAGUAGACCAGAUCCACACUCACGUGUGCCCGCUGUUGAUGAUGCUGGGAGACUAUCGGAGCCUGACGCUCAACGUCGUCAAUCGUCUGAGCUCUCAAUAUAAUAUUUGUUCCUUUGUGGUGCUGCGACGCCCAACUUACCUUAUGGUGCCCGUCUCAGUGAGUACCUAUUGGUAUGACAUUUAUGGUAUAGUCGUUCUGCAACAACUGCAAGAUUUCAUGCGAUCCCGACGGUUUUUAGGACUACUUAUCUUAGGGAUUUCAGCCUUAAUAACAGCAAUUACCUCUGUCACUGUGGCAGCGAUAUCAUUGACUCACCAGGUACGUACUACUCAAUAUGUCAAUGAUAUGUCAAAAGAUGUUUCUUUAGGUCUAGCUACACAAGAGAUUAUAGAUAAAAAAUUAAAAGUAGACGCCCUAAAAAAAGCAGUCAUGCAUAUUGGAACUAAAUUACAGGCCUUAAAAGUAAAGUUACGCUGUCACGCUGACUACCGGUGGAUUUGUGUAACACCCUUAAAGGUUAAUGAGACUGAUUACAAUUGGGAAAAAACUAAAAAUCAUAUUUCAGGGGUAUGGAAUAGCUCUAGCAUAAGUUUAGAUUUAGACAGACUGCAUGGACAGAUUAGAACAACGGAGCAUUCCCGAUUAGAUGUUCCUGCCGCUGGAGCUGCCAGUGACUUCUCCAACUUUAUCUCCGCCGAAAGUAUUUUGUCCACUGUUCUCAGUUACAUCGCUGUAAUAGCGCUGAUUCUUAUUAUUAUUGUUGUCCUCCCUUGUAUCGUCAGAGCUCUUCGGCAGAGCACUCGGAAGCUUGCAACUGAAAUUAAUCUGGCUGUUUUAAAAAAUAAAAAAGGGGGAGAUGCCGGGAGCCAUUAUGGGAGAGCCCACCCAUGACGAGGUCAUGAGGAGAAGACCUGACACGCAAGGCCGUUCAGGACACAAGGGACCCUCCUGGUUGGCCCCGGCCUCUAGCCCACCCUUCAUCCUCCCCCCUUUUCUGCUGUUGUUCCUGUUCGCCCUGCUGCAGAUUCUUGUGUUGCCUGCCGAGAGCUCUCCUGCUCCUCUUUCACUGAAUGAGGACCAACCUAAAACCCUAACUAAUAGAUCUCCUGGACGCUGGUACCCUAUGAAGGGGCCAGGGGUGAAAGAAAUGCAAUUCAAACCCUUUUGCUGGCAUUCUGGCUUGUUUGAUAAAUGUGUGCUCCCAUUGCAAAAAAUGCUCAUGAUUGUUUUAAACAUCCUAAGCACAGUAUGCUAACAAAAGAAACCAUUAAGCAUAGGUCCCUCCGCGGGGUGAGAAAGGCUCUACAAAUAAAAUAGCCACAAAUGUGCCUAAUAGAAAAUACUUUAGAUAGAGAUUAGCUGGUGACAUCUUGCAGGUAGUUACCUUUUAGACUAAGAGCCUGUUUUGUGCUAUAUCUGCUGUUUUUGUAAUCCUUCGCAUUUCUGUU